CCGGCGCCCGGCGGGCAGCAUGCGGCAGGCCCUGACUCAGCAGCGGCCGGGCGGCAUCGCCCUGCCCGACUCCGUGGAGUUAAACGGAAGCUGCCUCAUAUGCUCACACUGCAAGAUACCUCUAAAAAUGGCAAGUUUAGAGGGUCGUUCAAUAGAAGAAAAAGAAAUUCCCUCUACGUAACUGUGACUCUCCUCAUUGUGUCAGUAUUAAUUCUAACGGUGGGCCUAGCUGCUACAACAAGAACCCAAAAUGUGACUGUUGGAGGUUAUUACCCAGGGGUUAUUCUUGGUUUUGGGUCGUUUCUUGGAAUAAUUGGAUCAAACUUGAUAGAAAAUAAAAGGCAAAUGCUGGUUGCAUCGAUCGUCUUCAUCAGCUUUGGCGUCAUUGCUGCGUUCUGCUGUGCCAUAGUAGAUGGUGUCUUUGCUGCUAGACACAUAGACCUGCGGCCACUGUAUGCGGGACGAUGCCAGUACUACUCCAAGAGCACCACGCCACCAGAGGCAGUCUGUCAUCCACAACGCCGUGCACCCUGCACACCGAAAAUAAAAACCAACACCUGCUUCUGUUGUGACCUGUACAACUGUGGGAACAGAGUAGAGAUUUCUGGAGGCUACUAUGAAUACAUUGAUGUCAGCAGCUGCCAGGACAUCAUCCACCUUUACCACUUGCUUUGGUCGGCAACAAUUUUGAACAUAGUGGGGCUAUUCCUAGGGAUCAUUACAGCAGCAAUACUUGGAGGCUUUAAAGACAUGACUCCUUCCCUCCCUACGCUGAACUGCACAGUUGAAAAUGCACAUCCUACGGUGUCCUAUUACUCGAGGCCACAGGUGACAUCUUACAACACCUACUACCACAGCACUCCUCACCUGCCUCCCUACUCCGCGUAUGACUUUCAGCAUUCCAGCGUGUUUCCAGCCUCUACUCCUUCUGGCCUUUCUGAUGACCCCCAGUCAGUGUCACCUUCUCCCAGCUAUAUGUGGUCUUCCAAUGCACCUCCUCGUUACUCCCCACCAUAUUUUCCACCUUUUGAAAAGCCACCACCUUAUACACCAUAAAGAAUGUGGGAGAGAAGAAAAAAAUACUUGCCAUUGAAAUAAUUGUGAACAUUUUGUAUUUAUAUUUUACUGUGGGAGGAAGCAGGAGGAUAGAAACAGAAGAUGACUGCAAAUAUGACUAGUUGAUCAGACUGUUAUUUCAUGCAAGACUUAUUUCAGAGGUUUAUCAAUGGCGUGUGAGGAAGGGGAUGCAUUGCGGAUGUUUUGCAGUGGUGGUGAGUAGCAGGGGACCUAAAUUCCAGCCUCCUCGUUUUCCAGUGAGGUUCAUAAAGUCCUUGGUUUUUAAUAAAGUGAUAUAACACACAUGCUA